ACAUCACACUCAUCAAUCAUCAUCGGCUAAGAGAGAGAAAGAAGGUAAAAAAGAAAAAAGAAAGAGAGAGAGAGAGAGAAAUGGAGGGGAAGAAGAUAGGGAGGAGAUUGGAAGGAAAGGUGGCGAUAGUAACGGCUUCGACGCAAGGGAUCGGCUUCGGUAUCAUCGAGCGUUUCGGUCUCGAAGGCGCUUCCGUCGUCGUUUCUUCCCGCAAGCAGGCAAAUGUUGAGGAAGCAGUAGAAAAACUCAAAUCCAAAGGGAUUGAUGCUUAUGGAAUUGUCUGUCACGUUUCCAAUGCUCAACAUCGCCGUAAUCUUGUCGAAAAGACUGUUCAGAAAUAUGGAAAGAUAGAUAUCCUUGUCUGUAACGCCGCUGCUAAUCCAUCUACAGACCCAAUCUUGUCCACCAAAGAAGCUGUCCUCGACAAGCUUUGGGAAAUCAAUGUCAAAUCAUCUAUACUUCUCCUUCAGGAUAUGGCUCCUCACUUAGAGAAGGGCUCUUCUGUUAUUUUCAUAACUUCUAUCGCUGGAUUUCAACCACAAGGAUCCAUGGCUAUGUAUGGUGUCACUAAGACUGCUCUUCUCGGACUAACCAAGGCUCUUGCUGCUGAGAUGGGUCCGGACACACGUGUCAACGCGGUUGCUCCCGGUUUUGUGCCCACACACUUUGCUUCUUUCAUCACCGGAAACUCCCAAGUGAGGGAAAGCAUCGAAGAGAAGACUCUGCUUAAUAGGUUGGGAACAACAGGAGACAUGGCUGCUGCUACGGCUUUCUUAGCAUCUGAUGAUUCUUCUUACAUCACCGGAGAAACUUUGGUCGUCGCUGGAGGAAUGCCCUCAAGACUCUAAACCAAGUAAUAGUCUAAGAAAAAACUAAUUAUAAAUUUAUAAUGAAAGUCAUUUUAUUUUCGGUUUUCACGAAAUAAGAUUUUAAGAAAACAAAAGAAGUUCUAAUAAUAUACAGUACCUUUGUUUGGUUCUUUA